GCGGUGUGGCCGCUGCGCUCCCGCCGCCGUCCCCGGCCCGGCCCGGCCUCACUUCCCCGGCACCGCCUCAUGCAGCGCCGCGACGACCCCACAGGCCGCUUAUCUCGAGGGCAAGGUCCCGGUAGUCGCGCGCCGCCGCCGCGCCGGCCGCCCCGUGGCGGAGGGGCCCGCGGAACCGCCAGCGGGGCGCAGCCGCCGCCCGGUGGGGCCGCGGCCGGCGGAGCCUCAGGGCAAGGGGGUUCGGCGCAGAUGGUUGGAGGUAAAAUGGAGCCUGAGAACAAGUACCUGCCCGAGCUGAUGGCCGAGAAGGACAGCCUGGAUCCGUCCUUCACGCACGCCAUGCAGCUCCUCACCGCAGAAAUAGAAAAAAUUCAGAAAGGUGAGAGCACAAAGAAGGAUGAAGAAGAAAAUUACCUGGAUUUAUUUUCUCACAAGAACAUGAAGCUGAAGGAACGAGUUCUGAUCCCUGUCAAACAAUAUCCCAAGUUCAAUUUUGUUGGGAAGAUUUUGGGACCCCAAGGAAACACCAUUAAGAGACUUCAGGAAGAAACUGGAGCUAAAAUUUCAGUUUUGGGGAAAGGUUCCAUGAGAGAUAAAGCCAAGGAGGAAGAGCUCCGCAAGGGGGGGGAUCCCAAGUACGCCCACCUGAACAUGGAGCUGCACGUGUUCAUCGAGGUGUUCGGGCCUCCCUGCGAGGCCUACGGCCUCAUGGCCCACGCCAUGGAGGAGGUCAAAAAGUUCCUGGUGCCAGAUAUGAUGGAUGAUAUCUGCCAGGAGCAGUUCCUGGAGCUCUCUUAUCUCAACGGGGUCCCAGAGCCCAACCGUGGCCGGGGGGUCCCCGGGCGGGGCCGAGGUGCAGCCCCACCUCCCCCUCCACCCGUCCCAAGGGGCCGUGGGGUGGGUCCUCCCCCCCCUCCUCCUCCUCCUCCUCCUCCUCCUCCCCCUCGGGGUGCCCUGGUUCGAGGAGCCCCCGUGCGCGGGGCCAUGGCCCGGGGGGCGGCGCUGGCCCGGGGGGUGCCCCCUCCCCCGGCAGUGAGGGGGGCUCCAGCCCCCCGGGCCAGGGCAGCUGGAAUCCAGAGGAUACCCCUGCCCCCUCCCCCCGUGCCAGAGAGCUACGAGGAAUAUGGCUAUGAUGACACAUAUGCAGAGCAGAGCUACGAGGGCUACGAGGGCUACUACAGCCAGGGCCAAGGGGAUACAGAAUAUUAUGAUUAUGGACAUGGAGAGGCACAGGAAACCUAUGAAGCUUAUGGCCAAGAUGACUGGAAUGGAACCAGACCCUCCCUGAAAGCUCCUCCAGCCAGGCCAGUCAAGGGGGGCUACAGAGAGCACCCCUAUGGACGUUACUAAAUCACAAAAACAGGGCAAAAAAAAACAAAAAAAAAAGAAAAAAAUCCAAAAAAAAAAAAACCAACAACAACAAAAAAAAAAUAAUCCCAAUUUAGGAGCAAACGUUUCUUUCUGGUUCUUGUAUCUCCUGGGAUUCUCGUUGCUUUUACCCACAGCAGACAAGUAAUUGUUUAAUUGUUUCCCCUGGUUUUUUUUUUUUUCUUCUUCUUCUUCUUCUUCUUUUUGUUUUUUUACUUCCCACUCCAUCCUCACCUUGCAUUUUUUGGCUUCUGUAUGUAGUGAUUUCUUGAGAUGAAUUUAAAUAGAUUUAGGGAAAAAAAAAAAAAAGGGGGGGAGGGAGGGAGGGGGGUGAGGGUAUGUGGAAAAAAAAAACUUUUUAAUUUUUAUUAUUAUUAUUAUUAUUAUUUUUAUUUCUUCUUCACUGUGUAGAUGGCUUUUCUUUCUUUGUCGUUUUAGGUACAAAAAAAAAAAAAAUAAUAAUAAAAAAAAAAACCAACCCAACAAACAAACUGUACCUUUUUAAAAAAAGAAAACCUAAAAAAAAAAAAAAAAAAAAUAGUUAAAAAAUGUUAGUUUCCAAAGUGACAUGCUUUGCUUAGUUCUGAAAUUAAGGUUUUGUUAAAACUUUUAAAGUUUGUUUUAAAUGAACCCAUAAAGGUUUGUAGUUGCAGAAUCCCAAACUAGGCUACAUUUCAAAAUUCAGGGUUUUAUAUAUAUAUAUAUUUUUUUUUAAAAUUAAAAAUCAUAAUGUAAUACUAGUGGCUGCCACCAUUAAAAAAAAAAAAAAAGCAAACAACAACCAAAAAAAAAAUAAUAAUAAUAAUAAAAAAAAAAAAGAACUUCAGAUGCCAAAACCUUUAAAAGGAGAUUGCUGGUGAAUCUUGAAGUUUAAAUUUUAACCCAAAGGAUCCUCCAGACAAAUUAAAUAGCAUUUCCUAAAGAGAAUUGACUUAAAAAGAAAAAUUAGGUUGGUAAAAAAAUUGACUUUUCUUAUGUGGAUUUUGAAAUCUAGCCCCCCCCCCCGUGCAGUGCUGAGAUAUGCUUGGGAAUAAUUUUUUCCAGUGGAAAUGGGUUUUAGUUUGGUUCUAAAUGAACAAUUUUUAAGGGGAAAAAAAAAAAAAACCCGCCCAAAUAUUUAAUUUAAUUACCCAGUGUUUGACAGAAAUUAUAUUCUGUAGAUAAUCCUGAAAAAUUCUCUUUUUUUUUUUUUUUUGGGGACGGAAAUUCUGAUUAAAAUUUCAAAUUUGCCCCUCCCAAAAAACAAAAAACAAAAGAAAAAAAAAAAGCAAACAACAACAAAAAAAAAAAUCUCAAUUUUAAGCAGUCCCAACCACUUAAUCAAGUGUAUCUCAGCACGAGCUUCCAUAAAAAGGGACACUGCAGCUGUAAAAAAAAAAAAACAAACAAAAAAAAAAUUAAAAACAACCAAAAGCAGAAAAAAAAAAAAAACAAAACAAACAAAAAAAAAAAAAAAAAAUCCCAAAUUUCACUUUGUACAUAAAAUAAAGUCUUAAUUGGAUUUGUUCCACUGUCCUCCCACUCUGUUCUGGAAGAGAAAAAUGCAACAUUUUGUGUAAAGUCUGCCUAAGCAGGUAACUCAGAACGUGUCAAAGUGUCUGUCUCAAGCUGUCAAUAAAGUUUAGUCCUUUUUUAAUCAAAGGAAAUGUGAUGGGUUGUCAUUUGUUUUAUUUUCUCCUUUUUUUUUUAUUUUUAUUUUUAUUUUUUUUUAAUUUCAAACAGCUUUAAAUUCGUGCUAAACUUAAUUUGUCUGUUUUAAUAUUAUUAUUAUUAUUAUUAUUAUUAUUAUUAAUAUUAUUAUUAUUAUUAUUUUACAAUUACUACUAUUUUAUUAUAAAUAUUAUUAUUAUAUUACUCUUACUACCAUUAUUAUUAUUAUUACUAUUAUUAUUAUUACAAUUACUACUUUAUUAUUAUUAUUAUUA